AUGAAGCAGAGUCGGGAUUCACAUCAAAUUAGGCCCGAAACAAAGGCAUCCCCGUUUGUGGAGGAAGUAAUGCGGGCUCGGCUACCGGAACGGUUUCGUCUUUCACAGAUCACCCCUUUCACCGGUAAAACCGACCCGACUCACAUCGAAUGCUUUCGAACAUACAUGGAAUUGCACGAUGCCUUAGACGCCGUGAUGUGCCGAGCUUUCUCCCUCACCUUGGCAGACGUAGCUCGACUUUGGUUCAAGCAGCUGAAACCAAAGUCCAUCAGCACGUUCGGGAACUCAGCGACGCCUUCCUUACCAAUUUCAUUGUCGCUCCAAGUCCGAAAAUAUUCGGAAGAAACAGCACUCAAUUUCAUCAUGCAAGGUGUUAGGGACAAGCCGUUUCUAGCAUCCCUGGACAAGAGUCUGCCUGAGACCCUUGCUGAAUUUAUGACUCGGUCGGAUAAGUACGCGGACGUUGAGGAAACACGAAACUUGCGUGAGGUCGCCCAAAACGCAAAAACUCCGACCAAAGAGUCAGCCAAAAAAGAAGUUAACUCGACCGGAGGAAAGAAGUGUAAGGAUGACCGAACGAGUGACGAACACAAGUCAAGCAAGCGACCCGACCAAAGGUUUUCUACAUACACCCUGCUUAAUAAACCUCAAGAGCAGGUAUUGAUGGAGAUCAAGAGUAAAGGAUUUAUCAGUUGGCUGAAUAAGCUCUGA